UGGGCAUCACGCACCACCGCUUGGAGAAAACAGGAAAUUGAAUAAAGUAGUGACAUCAUUCGCGAGCGCCUCUGCUGGCCUUUCGAGAUGGGCUUUACUCGUUAGCCUUGAUUUUUCUCUCUACUCCCCCCCUCUUUCAGUCACCCUCCCCUCCGCAUAUCCACCUUUAUUUUUACCACAAAGAAACGCCCGUCCGCGAUGACAUUAGAAGGUGAAUUGGCAGACAGGGUCAGCCAGGUCAUUUCACAACUGGUCGCUGCGCGGGCGGACUGGCUCGCUAGUUUCGGUUCCUGUGCAGUGCAGUAAAGCGUCUUGGUUGGUCGACGGAUCGCAAUGAAACCGGCCCAGGAGCGCAACCAGGAGAGCCUGCCUCCCAAGAAGAGGGACCUCCCCCACAGCAACAGCGCCGCAGCCGGAGGGACGGGCGGAGGCGGAGCCGCGGCAGGCGCCGGCGGUGCCUCCGGAGGCGGCAACGGAGAAGCCGAAGCCGUUUCCGCCCAGAACUCGGCGGCCGGCGGCGACGCUCAGGGAGGGAAUGCGUCCGGCGAGUGGGCCAGAGCUCACCCGGAGCACCGCUACGGAGCGGAUCGCUCAGAGAGCGUCUCAGCGGGGCCCGUUGAUCAGUACAGCAUGAUCUACAAAGUGGCCGUCCCUUCUGUUACCUACUCCUCAGCUAGUCUCCAUCCAGUGCUGAGCCACAUCUCUCCGGCAUACACCGUACACUCUCCCCUCCUGCAGCACCCAGGCCUCUCCUACCCUCCUCUUGGUUACGCUCACAUCCCUCAUCCGUCUCUCCAGUUCGUCAGCUCCCCUUAUGCCGCCGUUCCGUACGCCGUCCCCUCCGGCUUCGUCCCGGGCUCGCUGAUCUCUCCCUCGGGCGCCAUCCCCCAGCAUCACGCCGUGCCCCACCUGGUCCCCUAUCCGUCCGUCAUGCAGGACGGCGUCGUCUCCCCGCCUCCUCAGGCCCACGCCUUUACCAAAGUCGCAGCUCCGAGCGGCGUCCCGCUGAUGAUGCCUUCAGAGCAGGCCGCCCAGCAGCACAUGGGCGCCAUCGGGGUUCUGCCCGCCCCCGAGCUCGGCUCCCGGGGGUUGCCGGUCUUCUACCAGCCCCAGGGCAGCCGGGGCGCGUCCGCCGCCGCCGACUGCCACAACCCCCAGCAGGGGAGCGAAGCGGAGGUGAACGGCGGCGAUAAAGAGCAGGGAGUCAGGGAGGUCCUGCGCGACUCUGCCUACGCUUCCAGAAACGCACACGUGCAACAGGUAGCAUGCGGCUCCGCGGCGCAGGAGCACAGCCACGAACGGGUCCUGCAGAACCGACGACUGGAAGGCCGGAGCUCUCCUGGCCAGCGCAGCACGCCGGACAGCGAUCUGGAGGUGCAGCAGGUCGUGGGCCGCCUGGCUGCCUCGUGUCAGGGCGGCGGCGGCGGCGGCGUGCGGAAGGAGGUCCCGUUUGCUCCCUUGAAUCUCUCUCAGGGGGUCCAAAGAAGCAGAGAUGUCCACGGAGAGAGCGCGGCUGCGUCCGGCAGGGCGACGCACGCCGCGCCGCCCUUCAGCUACGGCGAGCACAAAGCUCCGGGUGUCCAGCAGCAGACGGGACAGCCGGGCCACGCCGUCAUGCUCACCAACGGGCAGCCGGUGCUCGUUCCCCUCGACUAUCACCCGCAGCAACACUAUCCAGGUCAGGCGCACGACGCCGCGGCCUCCAGGGCCAACGCAAGCUUUAAAACGUCAGACUCUUCGGGCAGAGCGGGCCUCCCUGAGAGGGCGGAGGCCGCCGCCGUCGCUAAGCAACAGCAUCAGCAGCAGCCUUCUCUACAGCCAUCAGCCCACUCUACAGCGGAGCUAACUCAGGCUUCGGGCGUCGCACCGGCGCCCGCCGCCAGUAACCCGUCGCAUUUCAUGAAGGGGGCGAUCAUCCAGUUAGCCACCGGGGAGCUAAAGCGCGUGGAGGACCUGCAAACUCAGGAUUUUGUGCGAAGCGCCGAGGUGAGCGGCGGGCUUAAGAUCGACUCCAGCAUGGUGAUGGACAUCCGGCCCAGCCAGCAGAGGCCGGGUCUGGUGUCUCUGCAUUUCACCGUGGGGGAGCAGCAGAGCAAGGUGACCAUCGACGUUCCCCCGGAGCACCCGUUUUUCGUCUUCGGCCAGGGCUGGUCGUCCUGCAGCCCCGAGCGCACGGCCCAGCUGUACGGGCUCACCUGCCACCAUCUGCAGGUGGGAGACAUGUGCGUGUCCAUCACCCUGCAGCAGCAGCAGCAGCAGCAGCAGCCGCCGCCGCCGCAGCUGCAGAAACAACCGCAGCAUCACAACGCAGCGCCGCAGAACCCGUCCAGGACUUCAGGCAAAAGCAACGCGGCAUCCGGACCCGAUCACCAGCUCAUGGGGCCCCCCGCCCCCCAGCUGUCGCGGCCUCAGGCCCAUCCCAGGAUGGAGCGCCUGCACAGGGAGCGCCACCGGGACGGCGACAGGGACGCGGCAGAGAAGGACGAAGCACACUUAGCAGCGGUCGGACACACUGAAUCCCCCGCCCGGCGCGGCAGGACGCCGGCGGAGCAUCCUCGCAGUCAGAGCAGUUACCACUUGCACACAGAGGGCUCGGCGUACGCGGGCGCCGCCGCCAUGCAGGCCGCGCUCGGCGCCUCCCAGAGACGCUGGUCCUCGCCGGGCCUCCAAAGAUACGGCGCCAAGGGAGAAGAAGGGCCGCGGCCGCAGGUGAUCGCCACGAGGCCCUCCUUCAUCCCGCAGGAGGUGAAACUGUCCAUCGAGGGGCGCUCUAACGCAGGGAAGUAGCAGACCCCCCGCCGGGGAGCAGGGACGAGUCUGACAAGGAGAGAAAGAGGGAAAAAACCAGUGUGAAUGUAGCCUCAGAAUGUUUGAGAUUUUGCACACCUAAAAAGUAUACAAAGACACCAUUUAGUUGCUCUUCUGAGAACUCUUUGCUUUGAUGUUACACAGCCACAAAAAAAAAAAAAAAAACA